AUAGGUCCUUUUCUUCGACACCGCCCCCUCUGGCUGACAACGGGUAGCCUUCAGACUCUAACUUGCAAAGAUGGCGGCCUCCUGGGGAAGGUUACUGGCGACACGAGUAAUCCGCGCUGCAGCGGCUCCCGUUUCACGUUCCGUCCAAUGUCCUGUCAUCGCAGGAGCCAGUGCAGGCCGAGCUGUCUUCUGUGCUAAUCCAAAGUUUAAUUUCAGCACCAGUUGCUCGCGGCUCUUCCCCGCCGUAACUCAGCAUGCUCCACAAUUCAAAGGGACAGCCGUUGUCAAUGGAGAGUUCAAAGAUUUAAGUCUGGAUGACUUCAAGGGAAAGUACCUGGUGCUGUUCUUUUACCCAUUGGACUUCACGUUUGUCUGUCCAACCGAAAUUGUUGCCUUCAGUGACAAAGCCAGUGAGUUCCAUGAUGUCAACUGUGAGGUAGUGGCUGUCUCUGUGGAUUCUCAUUUCUGCCACCUGGCCUGGACAAAUACCCCAAGAAAGAACGGAGGACUGGGACCCAUGAAUAUUCCACUGCUGUCUGACCUAACAAAGCAGAUAUCCCGCGACUACGGAGUCCUACUAGAAAACCCAGGCAUAGCGCUGAGGGGUCUUUUCCUCAUCGAUCCUAAUGGCAUAGUGCGACACAUGAGUGUGAACGAUCUUCCUGUUGGCAGAAGUGUGGAGGAGACUCUGAGGCUUGUGAAAGCCUUCCAGUAUGUGGAGACACAUGGAGAGGUGUGCCCGGCCAACUGGACUCCCCACGCUCCUACAAUUAAACCAAGUCCAGAAGGAUCAAAGGAAUACUUUAAUAAAGUGAACUGAAUGUCCCGCUCACCGCAGAUGUCCACAAUGCCGCCGGCUAUGCCUGUGAGGGGGGUGGGAAACCCCCAACAGAUUUUCCGCUGUAUAGUAAUGUUAGAUGAUUGCUCAAUAAACCACUCAAACCAUC